CUUUCGUAAAAAAAAGCGAGUGAUUUCGACAAGGGGCGGGACCACUAGGCAAGGAUCCAACGGCCGGGAGCCAGCGUGGACCAAUCAGGAUGCGGAGGGAGGGUCUUCUGCGGGAAAGUGGGCGUGGCCUAGGGGCAAUCGCCCGGAACGCAGCGGAGUCUCUAGCCCGGGAAAACGCCCUCUGCGGUGGCGAGGUCACGCCGCCAUGCCUCCGUCUGGGCUCCGAGCAGCCCUCCUGCUCCUGCCACCGCUGCUGCUGUUCCGCGCUGUUCUGACCGUGCCCCUGGAGCGGCAGGCGCCCAAGGAUGAGAGCCCCGCGACCGAGAGCCCCGUGAGUGGCCCUGUCCUGCUCUCCAGCCAGGACACAGGUUUGUACUACCACCGCUAUCUCCAGGAGGUCAUCAACGUGCUGGAGACGGAUGGGCACUUCCGAGAGAAGCUGCAGGCCGCCAACGCCGAGGACAUCAAGAGCGGGAAGCUGAGCCGGGAGCUGGACUUUGUCAGCCACCAUGUCCGAACCAAGUUGGAUGAGCUCAAGCGGCAGGAGGUGUCACGACUUCGGAUGCUGCUCAAGGCCAAGAUGGAUGCAGAGCAGGAGCCCAAUGUACAGUUGGAUCACCUGAGCCUCCUGAAGCAAUUUGAACACCUGGAUCCUCAGAAUCAGCACACGUUUGAGGCCCGAGACCUGGAGCUGCUGAUCCAGACGGCCACCCGGGACCUUGCCCAGUACGACGCAGCCCAUCAUGAAGAAUUCAAACGCUACGAGAUGCUCAAGGAGCACGAGAGACGCCGUUACCUGGAGUCACUGGGAGAGGAGCAGAGAAAGGAGGCAGAGAGGAAGCUGGAAGAGCAACAGCGACGGCACCGAGAGCACCCGAAAGUCAAUGUGCCUGGCAGCCAAGCCCAGUUGAAGGAAGUGUGGGAGGAGCUGGAUGGAUUGGACCCCAACAGGUUUAACCCCAAGACCUUCUUCAUACUGCAUGAUAUCAACAGUGAUGGGGUCCUGGACGAGCAGGAGCUCGAGGCCCUGUUCACCAAGGAGCUGGAGAAGGUGUAUGACCCAAAGAACGAGGAGGACGACAUGCGGGAGAUGGAGGAGGAGCGGCUGCGCAUGCGGGAGCAUGUGAUGAAGAACGUGGACACAAACCAGGACCGCCUUGUGACCCUGGAGGAGUUCCUGGUCUCCACCCAGAGGAAGGAGUUUGGGGACACUGGGGAGGGCUGGGAGACCGUGGAGAUGCAUCCUGCCUACACGGAGGAGGAGCUGAGGCGAUUCGAGGAGGAGCUGGCGGCCCGGGAGGCAGAGCUGAACGCCAAGGCCCAGCGCCUGAGCCAGGAGACCGAGGCUCUGGGGCGCUCGCAGGGCCGCCUGGAGGCCCAGAAGAGAGAGCUGCAGCAGGCCGUUCUGCAGAUGGAACAGAGGAAGCAGCAGCAGCAAGGCCACAAUGCCCCAGCGCCUGGCCCCGAGGGACAGCUCAAGUUCCAACCACACAACACAGAUGAUGCUCCUGUCCCAGCUCCAGCAGGUGACCACAAGGAUGAGGCUGCUUCAGAAAAGAAGGUUCCUGAACAUCCCCCCGAGCUGCCCCAGCUGGAUUCCCAGCACCUGUGACCCUCCAGGACUGGCACUCUGGGUUCCUACCCGGCAGCCGUGGGACAAUGGGGAAGAGUCACAGUCAGCCUCCUCUGAGGACGUCACGUGUGGCCUGCUAGGGGAAGCGGACAGAGUGACCCUUCCCACAUUGCUGCCCAGGCCCCAUAUCUGCUGCUUCAGCUUCCACAGCCUCCCCGUCUGUGGUCCCUUCCCCGCGCCCUCCAGGGACCUGCCUGCUCGUGGUCAGUGGGGCACUCACAGGGUCAGCCAGCCUAGGGAAGCCUCCUCCCUCCUGAGGGGUGUGCUGUGUCCCCACCUUCCUAGGUGGCCUGGCUCCGCUGCCCGAGUUUGGGGCCACUCCAGCAUCCUGCACCCCACAGCUGCUGGGAUUCCGCCUGCUGCUCGGGGUCCCACUUCUGCUGGUUUAUGAGGCUGGGGUGGUUUCCUGAGCCCUUUCUCUACCUUUUGUGGCACCAGCGACACCUCAAAGACUAUCCACCCCAUGGCUGGGUCAGGGGCAACAGAGUCCUCAGCAGAGCUGAUCAACUCUGAUACCUGGAGCCCCGGCUGUCCCUGACCGCUGGCUUUCAGCCACCUCAGCCUCCUCCCUGAUGGCUUGGCCCCUGGCCCUUCCCCACACAGCCACAGAAGGGUCCCAGAGCUGACCCGCCCCAGGACCAGGUUCCAGCCCAUCAGCCUCAGUGGGAGGCCCAUGCCCUCCUGUCUAGCCUUAUCUUAGACUGCUGUGUGUCCUGCUGUGUACUCCAGUUCCAUCCAAAUACACUUCC